AUGUACAUACAGCAAUCCAGAUCAUUGCGAUUGGGUGUCUCGACUCAAACUCAACUACAGCAUCGCAGGUUUGCCGCGAACGAGGUCAACAUGGCUACAGCACUGGACUACGCGCAAUUCCAUCAGGUAUUCAGGCCCGAUGUCGGCUCUCCCUAUGACCAGCACCUCAUCCGUGAGGUUGAGGCCAACCGGAAGAGCAUGAACGGGCUCCUGUUUAUUGAUCGAGUUCUGAAGGCGAUGGGCAUCACCAAAGCCAAGGUCUAUCCUCCUCGAGGCGAAAACGGCCUGCACGCCCUCCAUCAACAAAUAUGCGCGGCCAAGAUGUCAACCCAUCACAAGCUCUCCGUCCUCUACUAUCUUCUCCUUGAUCACGACGACGCUCAUCCAGAGCGGGCCCAGGGUGCAUACACAUUUGCAUUUCAAGCCGGAGUGCCUACGAAAUACCAGCUCUUCAUGCAGGGCUUGUGGUAUAUGGAUCGACGGCAGUUUCCGCUCGCUCUCGAGCAUCUAGCUCACCCGUCACUACUCCCCGAGUUCUCCGACGAUAUCAUCACCACCCUCGUUCAUCAGGCGGAAAACAACGAUUACAGCCUGGCCCUUGCGUACUACUACGCAGUCCAACCGGUGAUCAAGGCAUCCGAAACGUUGGAGCUACUUUUCGGGGCCAUCGCAAGGACCAAUGUGAUCGAAGCUUUCAAUUUCACGCGAGCGCAGUCCGAGCCGGCGCGUCAGCAGCUCUUUGAACAACUCAUCGCCUCGGUCCUGGGCGGCGCAGCAUCCCAGGACAUCACAACGAGAUCCUCUGAGCUCGUGGGCCUCCAUUUCGACUCGUCCGAAGAGAGUUGGUUCCAUGACUAUCUGACGACUGGCGAGGGCCGAAAACUUAAAAAGGCAAAGGACACGGUGAUGAUGAGGCUGCUGGUCACUGGACAGUACCGUUCGGGUCUAGGCGAAAAGCAGAUGGCCGGUCAGUGGGGUGUUGUCCUCCAAGGCUUCAAGCAAGGCAUGGGCGGUCGUGCCGCCUACCAAGCAUGA